AUGGGCAUCCUGGGCCACCACAAUCUCGAGCCAUUCGCCGAGCCAAUCGCCCUUUUUGAACAAUUUGUCGCAAAGGAGCCGCAGACACUAGUCCUGAGAGAAAAGGUGCUCUCCGCGUCUGGGGAUAGCUUCGACGUCAAAUUGGCCAAUGGUCAACCAAUUCUGAAAGUGCACGGAGCCUGGGUAUCGCUUUCUGGCCGCAAGAAGGUCGAGGACGCCCACGGCAAGCACCUGUUUGAUAUUGUCAGGGAGCUUCUACACGUCCAUGCGACCUAUGCAAUCGAAGACACCCAUCGCGAGAAGAUCUGUGAGGUGAAGAGUAAUCUCACAUUGCUCGGCUCCAAAGCCACCGCCACUUUCACUGAUAGUAAUGGCAAGGCGGUGAUUUUCAAUAUAAAAGGAGGCUGGUUCGAUCGUACUGCCGAUAUUGUCGACCAUAAAAGCGGCAAAACGGUGGCUCGCAUUGACCGGAAAUUGCUUAGCGGCCGUGACCUUGUGUUUGGCCAGCAGACCUACGCCGUUGUUGUGGCACCUGGUGUGGAUGCAGCAUUAAUCGCGGCUCUGUGUAUUUGCUUUGACGAGAAGAACAACGAGGAACGUGGCGAAUAG